UUCAAAGACGGCCACACUGAAUACCAUUUCUCGAAAUGAAUGUUUCAAAAUGCUCGUGCAUUUAAAUCGAUUUUUAAAAUCAAACGUCAACGCCAGAAUGCCAUGCUAUUAAGCCCGAUGUUGAGACGGAAACAAUUUGUGAUAUGAGCUAGUGUUUCUACGGUGGCAUAAGUGCGUAAAAAGUCAACAAAAAGGCAUAAGUUUUUCGAGUGAGUGUGCGUGUGGCAAUACACACGUAAUCUGCGUAUGUGUGUGUGUGAACCAGCUCAAGUUUACUACAGCAGCACACAGCAUUAAAAUCAGCAGCAAAUUAAAAAAGUUAGUGAUAAGUGUGAAACUGGUGCAAAAGUCGUGGAAAAAACGCAACGGGCUUGUCUAGCACAGCCCGACAACAACGACGGGAGAAAAGGGCUGCGCAAAAACGUAAACAAAAGCAAGUAGAAAACGGGACAGGAGAAAAAGACAAAAGCAACAGUAAAACCAAAGGAAAGCCAGAGGAAAACAAAGCCACUAAAGCGUAGAACAAGGAGGGGAGCUGAGAAGGGAACGGUAGUGAAGAGAGGAACAGGAACAGGAAGAGACGAAGGUAGAGGAAAAGAGAAUUGCGAAGGAGCAGCCAAGCAAAAGCAGAGGCGCAAAACAGAAAUCAAAAAAUGGACUCGGACAAUGACAAUGAUUUCUGCGAUAAUGUCGAUUCGGGCAACGUUUCCUCGGGCGACGACGGAGAUGACGACUUCGGCAUGGAGGUGGACCUUCCGAGUUCCGCGGAGCGCCAGCUGGACCAAGACGACUACCAAUACAAGGUGCUCACCACCGACGAGAUUGUGCAACACCAGCGGGAGAUCAUCGACGAUGUCAACGUGCUGCUAAAGCUCCCCACACCAAUGACGCGGAUACUGCUGAAUCACUUCAAGUGGGACAAGGAGAAACUCUUUGAGAAGUACUUCGACGAAAACAACGAGGAGUUCUUCAAAUGCGCACACGUCAUAAAUCCUUUCACCAACGCCACCGAAUCGGUCAGACAAAAGACCGCACGAAGUCAGUGCGAAGAGUGUGAAAUAUGCUUUUCUUUGCUGCCGCCAGAUUCCAUGACCGGACUGGAGUGCGGACACCGAUUCUGCAUGAUUUGUUGGCGCGAGUAUCUGACAACGAAAAUCGUGACGGAGGGUCUGGGCCAGACCAUCUCGUGCGCGGCGCACGGCUGUGAUAUCCUGGUGGACGACGUGACCGUCACCAAGCUGGUGCUGGAGCCACGGGUGCGGGUUAAGUACCAGCAGCUGAUCACCAAUAGCUUUGUGGAGUGCAACCAGCUGCUGCGCUGGUGUCCGUCCGUCGACUGCACCUACGCGGUUAAGGUGCCCUGUGCGGAGCCACGUCGCGUCCACUGCAAGUGCGGCCAUGUCUUCUGCUUCGCCUGCGGCGAGAACUGGCACGACCCGGUCAAGUGCUGCUGGCUGAAGAAGUGGAUCAAGAAGUGCGACGACGACUCGGAGACGUCCAACUGGAUCGCGGCCAAUACCAAAGAGUGUCCCAAGUGCAGCGUGACCAUUGAGAAGGAUGGCGGCUGCAACCACAUGGUUUGCAAGAACCAGAACUGCAAGCACGAGUUCUGCUGGGUCUGCCUUGGCUCCUGGGAGCCGCACGGCUCCUCCUGGUACAACUGCAAUCGCUACGACGAGGACGAAGCCAAGACCGCCCGCGAUGCACAGGAGAAGCUGCGUUCCUCGCUGGCCAGAUAUCUUCAUUACUAUAAUCGCUACAUGAACCACAUGCAGUCGAUGAAGUUUGAGAACAAAUUGUAUGCAUCUGUGAAACAGAAAAUGGAGGAGAUGCAGCAGCACAACAUGUCCUGGAUUGAGGUGCAAUUUCUGAAAAAGGCUGUCGACAUACUUUGCCAGUGCCGCCAGACCCUCAUGUACACAUACGUGUUUGCGUAUUACUUGAAGAAGAACAAUCAAUCCAUUAUAUUCGAGGAUAAUCAAAAGGACUUGGAGUCGGCAACCGAGACGUUGUCCGAGUAUUUGGAACGUGAUAUUACAUCCGAGAAUUUGGCUGAUAUUAAACAGAAAGUGCAGGAUAAGUACAGGUAUUGCGAAAAGCGGUGCUCUCUGCUGCUGAAGCACGUGCACGAGGGCUACGAUACGGAUUGGUGGGAGUACACAGAAUGACGAGAGUCAUGGCUGGAUAACUAAGCUAAGCUGAGCGGCAGGCAGUCGAAGUGUAGUUCCCGCUAAACGCCUCCCCACCCAGCAUCCAAACAGCACCAAACACUAUCCCUCAUCCGCAAAACCAAUACCACCCACCCACACAGUAACCGAAGCCGAAGAAGUUGAACAAAAGUUAAGGAUAACGCAGCUGCUACACGGAAAGGCAAAAGGAAAGUAACGCGGAGAUCUUGCAGAAUGUAUCCCAGAUUAGAAAUUGCAAUACGGAAUACGGAAUACGGAAUGAGAAACCAUUUCAAAGCAUUUGCGAAACCACAGAGAGAAGCGCUAUAACAAAUAUAUAAUUACGUAUAUAUUUUUCUUCGUAAUGAUCAUCAUAAUGAGCAUCAGGACACUAAGCAAGACAGAAUCAGAUAGAGACACACACUUGGACACACUCACACAACCAGUCACAAGGAUCAGAAGCAGCAACAGCAUAUAUAUAUAGUAAAUAAUCAACAGUUACAAACUUAUUUGAUGUUAACCGAUUGCAAAGAGAUCUUCAUGUUAUCAAAAACUAAAGAAAAACAAAACAAAACAAAAAACGAAAAGUUAGUGAAUUCAAAGCUCCACGAAUGAAAAACCAGGAAACAAGCCAGCAAUAGAACCUAAACAUAUGUGAAAUAAACAACACAUGUAAGCAAAAACACUUGCCCAGCUUCCUUUCCACCUGCCCAACGUCCUUGGACCCUUCAACGUCCCGUUUCCUACCCUGUUCAGGCUUCAAGUUAGCGUUAAUGUUCUUUAGUUACAAUCUCAGUUCGAUUUUGAAUUUCGAAUUUCUUCCAGUUUGUUAAGCCCCUAUUUAAUUUAAUUGCCUAAUUGCCUAAUUGCCUAUUCCCUUUCUAUUUUCUGUUCAAUAAACAAUUGUGCUUAGCAUACAUAUAUGAUGAAAUGUAAACGUUUCCGAUUUCGCGAUACGAUCGGAGAAGCUUUGUUUUUGUGGUGGGAGCAGAGCUACGCCCCAUUCAUAGUUCGUAAUGGCCCCUCGAAUAUUGUAAAUGUUAAUUGGAGCCGGGUGGAUCCCCAGGUUCAGUGCUCCCAACCGCGCUAACGAUAACCCAAGUGAACUUUGCCUCAGCACAAAUCGGAGAACAUGCCGAUACCCCCGACCCGAAA